UCAACUUUCUCAUCUUUGUUUGAAAAUUUAGAUGGCUAAGGUUCAUCCAGCUGAAGCACACGUUUCCGAUGCCUGCAGCAUGAGCUCUGCAGGAAGGAUAACUUUCACCAUAUGGAUGAAAUCCCUUGUGUGCCACACCAAUGGCUGCACCGUCUUUGAUUUGAAAGGCCGGAUCGUGUAUCGUGUUGAAAACUACGACACCAGAGGUAGCAGUGAAGUUCAUCUCAUGGACCUCAAUGGCCAAAUUCUGUUCACAAUUCUAAAAAAGAAACUACAUAUUCUUGGAUGUUGGAAUGGAUAUAGAGGGAACUUUACUGGAAGAAAGAAGGAAAACCCUAGCUUCCAAGUCAAGAAAUACUGCAGAAUUCUCCGGAGAGUUUUGGUUUGUCAAAUUACAGUUGGGUUUAAUAAGUACUUCAUGGUUAGCUUAGGGCGCAAGAAACAAGGAUUUAAGAUUGUAAACUCGGGUGGAGAUAUUGUAGCGGAGGUGAAGCAGAAGCAAUUGUCAUCUGGAAUGGUAUUGGGGGAUGAUGUAUUAAGUCUGGAGAUAGAACCCUAUAUUGAUCAAACCCUAAUUGUUGCUCUCGUUACUGUUCAUGGAUUAAUGAAUAGGAGAUUGUAGAUAAUUGGUUUUGAUUUCAGAUUUUAUUAGAAUU